AUGUUCGGUGGCAGUUUGGGGAAAACGUCGAGGUACAAGCAGUACUUCAACAGUGAUGAACGGACUGACGAUGGAGGGACGGUCAUGAACUCUCUUAGUUUGGUAGAAAAACGCCUGAAGCUCGUCAACAAGCGGCGAGCGUAUUCAACUCUAGAAGAAGACUGUGAAGAAACGACGUUCCAUGAGAACAAUAAUUCUCUACCAAUACCCGGGCCCGGGCUGCCGGCGCCCGAGGGAUCGCCCGGAGUCUGUCAGACAAACGCGAAGACGAAGAGGAGAUCUAGGAAUAUUAUCUGUGCCCUUGCAAUCGCGAGUUUAGUGCUGUUGGUGUGCAGAUUUGCUGUUCUGUUCCACAGAGCCAAGAAGAGUUCCCAAAUGCCUUAUUACUUCUACUUCGUUCACGAAGUGGUGUUACAUAAUUUGACGAUCGAUUCAAAUAUGGCCACCUUGUCGAUGCCCAACGGCACACGGGCGAUUUACUGCUGCGCGAAAAACACCGUAGUUUGUUCCAAGACCGAGGAGAGCAGUCUCAUCUGGAAACGGGCGCUGAUACACAAGAUCGAAAACAUUCAAUGCAACGACGCGGCAUGUAUCGUCUACGGUAACAACACGGUGACAGCGCUUGAACCUACUCAAGGAGGAUUCAUGUGGACGCUUAGGAUCAAAGCGCAGCCUUAUCUGAUGUCGACAUCGUGGGGCAGCCGCAUUGUGGUCUUCCACAACGAAUACAUAAUCAUCUAUCGACAGGACACAGGGAGGGCGACAACUCAUAUUCGCAUCAAGAAUUGCACAAGGAUAAGUCGAAUUCAACCAGUAGGAGCUCGAUUGGCUGUUCUGUGUCAGCAGGGACUGAACACUACAAGUGCGUCGCUGUACAUCAUCCCGAAAUCCGUGCUCCUGCACUCCACGUCGCUCAAUCAAGAUAAACCGAUACCGGCAGAUUUUGCCGGAUUUUUCAAGUUACCCGUCCGUCUCCAUACUUACAACGACACGGUCUUGUACAUACUUCACGACAAGGGCGUCGUGUCGACGUUGAGCAUCACGGAAAGGAAAAUCGAGGACAUUUUGAAAAUGCUUACUCCCCACAGAGACCUGCUUCCAGUGAACUCUACGCAUACUCUGAUACAGACUCUCCACGAAUUUAGAAUCUACACGAGUCGGGGUAUCGUAUGGCGGAAAAAUAUUCAGAUGGAGGACUUCAGCUACAUUCGGAGGCUUAGCCAGAAUUUGAUUAUGCUCAAAAACACCGACGGACGUCUUUCUAUCCUAGACAUUCUGAGUAAGAACGAAACACUCGUGAACUUUACCCAUUCAUUUCCAGAAUUGCUCCUGAUCAAUGGAACCGACAGGAUGAUAUUUACGGCGAGCCACCAGGAACCCAACGACACAACUAUUAAAACACUGUAUUAUCGCUGA